GUCCUCCCACCACCGACUUUCCAUAAAACCACAGGUCACCACAUCAACUUCCUCCUCUUUACCUACAGGGAGGAAGCUUCACAGUCACACGUUUAGAAGAUUUCAACGAAGGCUGUCUAUCUACCCGCUUCUCUGAAACUUCUCUUCAAAAUUCCGAUCAUAAUCACUACUUCAUCUGUUAAUCAAAAUGAGCCGUCCCCAAGAACCACACCGACCUUCCUUCCCUUUUGGGAAUCCUUUCCGCAUGAUAUUACCCAAGGGGUCUUAUCUCUCUCCAAGGCUUCUCAGUCUGUUAAACGAUUUCGAGAACACAUUGGCAGAGAGGCUGAGAAAGCUUAAGCCAAAAGGCACGGAAGAUGUGCUUAGCUGUUCAUGGAUGAAAUUAGCAAUGGAGUUGCUUUGUGAAAUCCAUAAAGACAUAAAAAUUCUUAUUACCGAUCUUGAACUCCCUGUAUGUGACUGGGAUGAUAAAUGGAUAGAUGUGUACCUGGACAACAGUGUGAAAUUGCUUGAUAUUUGCAUUGCUUUGAGCUCUGAGCUCUCACGGCUCAACCAAGGUCAUCUUUUGCUCCAGUGUGUCUUGCGCAAUUUGGAUACUGCUUCCCCGAAGCAGCUUGUGCGAGCCCGUUCUUCACUUGACAGUUGGAGGCAGCAUAUUGGUUCGAAGAACCCCAAACUUCAGAACUGUUUGACCAUCUUGGACAGUCUUGCUGAAUCAAUUAAUCUCCCCAAGAUUAAUUCAGCUAAGGGAAAAGUCUUGAUGCGUGCCAUGUAUGGAGUUAGGGUGGCAACUGUAUUUGUCUGUAGUGUCUUUGCUGCUGCCUUCACCGGAUCUGCCAAUAAGUUGAUAGAUUUGCAUGUUGCUGACACAUUCCUGUGGUCUGAUGCUUUUACUGAUUUGCAGUCCAAUGUAAAUGUAGAAAUUAGAAAUAUAUUUUCCAGUGGAAGAGUUACAGUAUUGAAAGAGUUGGAAGCAGUUGAUACAAGUAUCAAUAAAUUGUAUCCCAUGGUCCAGGAUGGUGUAGGCCCUGCUGAAGAUGGCACGUUCCAAAAUUCUGUUUCAGAUUUAGGAAAGAGUGUGGAGAAACUGUCAGAAGGCCUAGAUCUCCUUACCAAGGAUGUGGAUGGCUUCUUCCAGAUGGUUUUAACUGGUCGUGAUGCAUUGCUCUGUAAUCUAAGAGUAAGUCCGAUGCACGAGGAUAACACACAGGCACGAAUUUUGAGAUCACCCCGAUGAAGAUACAAUCUAUCAUAUAUAUACAAACGGGUUUAGGUAUGGGGUUUUCUGUUAUCUUAUUGGUAUUUUACUCUUGUUUGCGAUGCAUUGUAACCUGUAAGCUGUAUUAUGCUAGUUCUGUACUGGUAUAUACAUGGAUGGUGUCCUAUAAUGUAAUGUUAAUGAUAUAUGAAAGGGUUUGUACUAUUUGCAAGA